AUGACAAAAAAGGACCUUCGCUUGCUUGUCUUGCACAAUGCCUCCCAAACCGCUGCCAAUAUCAACACGGCGUGGGGAAAGGGGUCCACAACAGAUAGCAAUGUACGAAGGUGGUUUCAGAAAUUCUGUAGUGGUGAUAAGAGUUUUGAAGAUGAAAAAGGUAGAGGAAGGUCAUGCAGUCUUGCCAAUGAACAAGUGAAAGUAAUUGUUGAACAAAACCCACGUCAAAGUUUCAGAGAAAUAUCUCAGGCACUUGGUGUCGGUAUUGCAACUGUUUCGCGCAAUCUGCAGAAGAUUGGGAGGAGAUAUGAAGAUUGA